CCUUGAAUUUCUAACCUCGUUUUAUUGACGGCUUCAACCCAACCGGCAAUACGAAUCAACACCGGGAAACUCACAGCGAACUCUCUGCAAAAAUGGAAUGAUACUUUGUCGCUCAAUAUUUUAUGCCAGCCAUAAUCCGUCAUAGCCCGUUGGGGGCAGGCUUGUCGCUAGCUGAUCUUAACAUCCUGCCGUUUCUUGCACCGCGACUCCUGCAAGCAUGGCCAAGAAGCCGUCGAGGACAGAGGGCCCAAAGCACUGCCAGUGUAAGAUUAGAGAGACCUGCUACACAGCCUCUGAACGGUCACGGCCAGUCAUCGAGUGUUAGUGCUGCUUCCCGACAAGCCCCCCCUUCGGGAGACAGAACUCGCCAUCCUCAAUCACAGUAUGGGCCUUCCUAUGAGCGGAUUGAUGGCCGACGAGGGCCAACAAUAACGCGGACAUCAGCAAAGCCUCCAGCUCUAUCACCGGUUGAUAAUACGAGAUUUUACCCUCAAAAGCAUACAGGCGAUAUUGCCAGCAGCAACCAAGACCGCUUUACCCUCACGCACCUACAUCAAGAGACCACCGACGAAACCUCGCUAAGACAAGAUGAAUCCUCCAACCUCACUCGCGAAGAUGUUACAGGGUCAUAUUUUAGCGAGACGCAUCUCGACAUGUUGAGCGAUUUCUUGAAAGCAAAUGGGAAGGACAAAGAUAUAGAGGAUAGCAGACAAUACCUCGACCGUCAUUGGGAGGUUUUCUUUGAUGGGAUGCGGAAUGAAAAUCAAAGCAAGCAUAGUGGCCAUGGCUCAAAACGCUCUCGACAAAUGGAAUCGAUUGCCAACUUUGAUCCAAGUGUGGAUAUUUACGAUUUACAGCUCGAGUGGAAGAAUAUACCACGGAAAUAUCGGCGAAAUUACUGGCCGGGACUAAUGCUGGACAUCUUGUGCAAGAGACCCGACGAUGCCUUGAAAUUCCUUGUGGCUACCACUUUGGCCGACCCGCUUCCCAAUAGGGCUUGUAUAGAAGACUCUUUGGACUACGUCGUCGAGUAUCACCUAUACCGCCAGAGCCAGUCGCCUAUCUCAUCGAAGAACUUCGCUGUGCUUUUUGAAGCGAUCAACGAUCUACUUACCAGGUUUAUAACAAGUAAAAUCCGGAUAUCGAGCUACGCUAUAUAUCACCUCUGCAAACAUGCAGACCGUCUUCAGGCAGAGACUUUGCUUGAAACAUUGAGCCAGCGGGGCCAGGAAGCCAAUCCAAAUCUGCGGCUACAUUUUGUCGAUUUCUUAGCACGACGAGGAGCAACGGAUUCAGCAGUGACGUUGCUAGGGUCGAUGCAUCGCGAUAAGGUAGUAGACUUCACAGAGCCCCGAGUUGCAAGUAUCUGCGCAACACUUUUGAGGUGCAGCCAGCAAAACCCAGAGGCAGUCUAUUCCGAAUCGCAUAUCUAUUCAUUCCUCCUUGAGUGGGGCAUCCGGCCAAGCAUUAUCUUCUACACUAUACUGGCUCACAAUGCCUUUGAGUCCCGGGAUCACGAGACUGCUUGGAAGAUUUAUGAUAUGAUCAUAGAAAACGACAUUGUACCUUCGGAUCACACAUACUCGAUAUUCCUGCAUAAUGCGAAAUUGCGCAAGGACCAAGAGGCAUUGGAGAAUAUUCUGAAAGGCGUUAAGGCGAACAGCAUUAGGAACGAGUACGUCGCAACGGACUUGCUACAUGCUAUGCUGCUUAUACACGAAAACCAAGCGCGGAAUCUCCGUGGGGAUGAAGCCCGAGCUUCAUCUGAAUCGUUAUUUCAGCGGAUGGUGUUGUUAUACAGCACAUACUUCGAAUUGGCUCCCCUCGAGGACUUGGCACCGGAAUACUUCACCAUCGACAGAAAACUAUCUCCUGAGGCUGAAGGUAGACGAAUGCACCCUGAUUGUGUAACGUUGUCUCUCAUGGUGUCAACUGUGAUACGCUGCAGAAUCGAGCAGUCUGAGCUACCUCUGUUUUAUAACCGUUUCAAGAGUCUUGUCGAUGCUGGACAUCCCGAUUUCGUUAAUGUUGCCACGGAAGCUAACGUGUUCAAUGCCUUUAUCAAGGCCAUCGGAAAAGACCGGGAUAUGCUGCCGUUCACGACACAGAUUCUGGGAGACAUGCUUGGCGCCGAAGCUUCUGGAGUAAAGGCACAAUCUACGGAUAUCGAGUCAAAUGAUCGCAAGAGGAUAGUCUCCCCAACCGUCCAAACAUGGUCUAUCCUGGUGCACGCGUUCAUGACACAAGGUCAGCCCCGCGCUGCCGAGAAGCUUGUGGCUAUGAUGAAGAGGCGUGGCGUGGAUCCAAACAAGGUCACCUGGAAUACUCUUAUUACGGGAUAUUUGCAGAUGCAGAACAUGGCUGGUGCUAUGCACUCCUACGAUCGUGCCAAGGAGGAGGGCUGGACAAUUGAUGAGAGUAUAUGUGGCCAUCUGGGCCUAUCCAAGCACCAGAUAAUGCUUGAUCAGCAGUCCGAAACUAUGCCGCGGACGGCAGAGUCUGGGAGGCCCCGUGGGGAGUCGGAGGAGCAGCCAGAAACUCAUUCUCCGUUUUGGAAGCCUGAUGGGAUACGCUCCCUUCGCCGUGCUGAGUUUCAGACCGGUGAAAUGCUGGACUUCUUGCUCGGCGCUGAGUUAAAAAGAGUCGAGAUUGUAACGAGGAUUGAACGCCUUCUAAGGGGUGCAAAAGGAAACCCGGAAUUAGCCGGUAAGAGGUCGUUGCGUCUUAAAAAGGCUUCGAGCGGGUUGAAGAGGCUUGAGAAUCUUGUCGAUGGCCGUUUGUAUGGGUUGGAGAAGGCAUCUGGAGUAUGAUGUGUGUGUGUAUGUAUAUGUGUAUAAUAUUAUAUCGUGGAGUAUGGAUAUAUAGGAGCGAGUGUUUAUUCACGUGUAUAUUUAUUUAAAUAUAUUUAAAUAUUUUAUGACUCGAUUCGUUAUUGGAG